GCUCGUUGCCCCAUUACUAGGUUUGGAUCGGCCAUCUGAAGGGCGAUGUGCCGAUGGUUGCUUUUGGUCGAUUCUGGUAACUAUUGGACUCAGUCUAGCCUUGCGUAUGCGUGCAGUAUCGACUAUCUCUGAACCAUAUUUCUGUCACUUACAAUUUGCUUGCGUUUUUGUAGUUUUGCGAGAUAGCCUGACUCGGACGAAUCUUCCGAUCUUGAACAACGACACCUUCUCCCGCGAGAGUCUCUCGGGAGCAUUCUUUUUUUCUCAGGUUCAAGUUCCUUCGCCCGAGUGCUGAUUGUUUGCUUGUCAGACUCUUCGUUGCACACAUUACCCCUCGUCAACUAGCUUAUACCUUGGCCAGAAGCAGCUAAGUCCCUCUUCCUUUGAUGCCGCCGGCGUUGUGAUAACUCAGUCGCACACCCUGGUAGCUGACCAUAACCAUUAGCGAAAUGUCGAGGCACAAAUCUGGCUGGCGAACUACCUGCCGACUAGUUGUAACGUUGUACUUGGCUGGCCACCUUUGCAGCUUGACAACUAUUCGGUAGGUGGCUCGUAGCUGAUCAUUAGGCUUGGUUUGGUCAUCGUAAGGGCGAUGUCUGCAGAUGCUCUUACCGUUACUUUUGGUUGAUUCUGGAGACUAUUGGACUAUUUUGCCUUGCGCAUGCGUGUACUUUGGACUAUCUAUGGACUAUAUUUCUGCCGCUCUCAGGGAAUCCAGGUCAUUAUCAAACUUGGCAAUAUCGAGUUACGUCCUGAGGAUGGUAAGCUGAAGGGCAGAAGGCGGGACAUGGCACAUCGAGGGUCAACUUAACAAACAUACUUGUGCCAGCGCGAUUUCAAAUUACUGCUGCCAGGAAAACGUCAAGAAUUCGCGUUUAGCACAACAGGGGAUGAUUUGGAUGAACUUGAAAAAGCUUAUGGACAGGACGAUUACGAGGGUGUGGCAAGAAAACACUUUUCUACAAGAAAUGGGGGAACGUGCUUACCAGAGAAGGGUCCACUCCUUGCGUUUCCGAAUGCUGGGUACGACCCUUGAAACUCGUCGACCCCACGAAAUCGGGACAUUUCCCGCUUUCCAGGCUGCUCCCGCCACCACCACACCAAAACUGUAAACACGAAUAGCCAUGGAAGCAAGCCUAGCAUGUCGUCCUUUGAAGAGUUUGCGGAGGUUGCGAAAGAUGGGAAUGAGAGGAGUAGAAGGGAAUUCUGGAUGAGAUUGAGAGGAUUUCUUUGCUUUCGAGUUGAACGAGUGUUAGGGACGACGCGAAUUCGAGUGAGGAAAAGGGCACUGGCAGUGCCGUCGAGAUUGGUGUUGUUGGUAGUACGGUUGAAAACAGUCGUGUUCACGAAGAUUCGGAUGGAUGAGGACCCCCCAGAAUUAACUCAGUCUCGACCACGACUUCUUUUGUGCACGAGACCGGAAUCACAGACGCGCGAAGACUGUUGCGAGACAUCCGCCUGUUCCUAUCCAUCCACGUCCUUCAAUUCCUUCAGGAUCUCAUGUUUUUGGUUGUUCCCAUCUACGUGUUUUAUCGACUGCGACUCAAUGCACCACCCCAACAGUGGGUCGGUGGGUCGAAGUGAUUUGCCAGGAUUCCACCACGAGGUUGGGCAAGUUGCCUGCGGAGCCGAUGAAUAAAGUGAUAGAUACGGUGGAUGAAUGUCCUCUCUCAAUUGAGGAGGCUAAGGAAGUGGGAUAGGAUUGAUGCGAGAGAGAACAGGACUGGGUGACAAGGUCAAUGUACUAUCAAUAGCGGGGCUUUCCUUUCCGGAGCAUAUUGCAGGUUCUAUCGUUGUUCCCAAUUCUUCGCAAUGACCCUGGAGCGCGUUGUACUCGAAUAGUG